CCCGUCCAGCAGGGGGCGCUGUGCUCCGCUGCGUUCAGUCCGCAGAGAGAGAGAGAGAGAGCACGUCCCUGCGUCAGAUCACUUUGUCCGGUAUGAAAACUAUGAAUGAAGUGGGCUGGCGUUCCCUUGCACCCUUUGAUGAGCUGACGGAUGAAAGCUACGGAAUUCACAGAAGAUAACACAAACAGAGGUUGUGCUUACCUGUCGGGAGACCAGACCCAGCCACCUGCCAUCGUCGUCAUGUCAGCAGACGCACAGCCGCACAGUCCGCGGUUUGUGAAUCCUCCUCCUCCUGAGGUCAAAAACCCAAACAGGCCAGGCCGGAAGACCAACCAGCUGCAGUACAUGCACAAUGUAGUGGUCAAAUCCCUGUGGCGGCACCAGUUCGCUUGGCCUUUUCACCAGCCGGUUGAUGCAGUCGCUCUUGGGCUACAAGAUUAUCAUACGAUCAUAACAACUCCCAUGGACCUGGGAACCAUCAAGAAACGACUGGAGAACGACUACUAUUGGAGUGCGACUGAAUGUAUGCAGGACUUCAACACCAUGUUCACCAACUGCUACAUAUACAACAAGCCCACAGAUGACAUCGUGCUGAUGGCGCUCGCCGUGGAAAAGGUUUUCUUGCAAAAAGUUUCCCAGAUGCAGCAGAUGGAAGUGGAGAUUGUUCCUAACGCUGCCAAAGGGAAAGUCAAAAAAAAAAAAGCACCCCAGGUGUGCCCACGACUCAGCCGAGCCUCUUCGACACGCCCUCCAGCUCAUCCUCAGUGCCCAAACACCCUUCAGACAAAGCUACAAAAAAGAGGGCUGAAGCGGAAGGUGGACGUCACCGCUGAUUUCUCCACAGCAGCCAUAACCAGUAUGAGCGAUUUGUCAGGAUGCAAGAGGAGACGUGAAAGCGAAGGCCGAGGAAAGGAGUUGCCAGAACAAGAAACCAAAACGCUUGAUUAUUGCAAAGAUAUCCUGAAGGAAAUGAUGUCCAAGAAAUACCUGGCCUACGCCUGGCCUUUCUACAAGCCCGUCGACGCUGAAGCUCUGCAGCUCCACGAUUACCACCAAAUCAUCAAAUACCCCAUGGAUCUGAGCACUGUGAAAAAAAAGAUGGAUGGAGGAGAGUACCAGGAUGCACAAGGCUUCGCUGCAGACGUUAGGCUUAUUUUUUCCAAUUGCUACAAAUACAACCCUCCACAUCAUGAUGUUGUAGCUAAGGCUAAAAAACUCCAGGGUGUGUUCGAGAAGAGGUUCGCAAAGAUCCCAGACGAGCCAGUGGAGUUGCUAUCGCCAGCCAAGAGUGCAGGUUUUAGCGGGAUAAGCACCAACAGCUCCUACAGCUCAGACAAAUCAGACCAAGCAGACGAGUGGGCCAAACCCACCCAACCUGCUGAGGUUGAAGAACAGCUUAAAACUGUUCAUGAACAGCUCUCUGCAUAUUGUGAAAACCCUGUGCUUGCACCAAAGAAGAAACAAGAAAAGGACAAGAAAGAGAUCAGCAGGCAACAUCAAGGCAGUGCAAAUUACAACUCCAGGCAGCCGUGGUCGGGGAGCAAAGUUUGGGAUUCAGAUGAUGAAAAUCUGCAGAUGACGUACGACGAAAAGCAACAGCUGAGCCUUGACAUUAACCGGUUGCCUGGCAUCAAGCUGGGCCGCGUGGUGCACAUCAUUCAGAGACUAGAGCCCUCAAUGCAAAACACCAACCCAGACGAGAUCGAGAUUGACUUCGAGAUACUAAAGCCCUCCACUCUGCGUGAGCUGGAGCAGUACGUGAAGUCUUGUCUGUAUAAGAAGUUCAGGAAAUUUCAAAAGAAAGGCAGUCAUGCUUCGACUCAUCACGUCGGCUGCAGCACGUCUUCAGAUUCUGCCACCAGCACCACCAGUGACUCCAGUUCAGAAAACAGCGACUCAUAACGGCGGUGUUGUUGUUAUUUAUUUCUUUGUUUGUGACCAAAAGAGAGUUCUGCAAAACUCUUAAACAUGCAUAUUUUUCUAUUCGUCUUAUGUUCAAAUAUUUGGAAAGGGAAACUUCCCUGUAUUCAGCGUUUCAUUUUCUCACUCUUUCUCUGUAAAUCGCAAUAUCCGGCACUGGUGUUUCUUAUCAGACACUAUAAAUUCACUGGGGCACAUUUCAUAACAUUUGAGUUCCAAUAUCCUGUCUCUGUCAUUCAUUGUGCCCACACUGUUUAAUUACAGUACAGGCAUUUUUCAAACACAUUGAAAUGGAGUUAUUUUCUUCUCAACAUCCAUUUUUUGCACUAGCCAGCUCUCAAUAGCAGCUCUUAAAGUUGAGCGAAGCUUGUUUCUAUUGUAGCACAUUAUUAUAAACAAAGAUAUUAAGUCAAGUGGAGAACAAGAAACAAUCUAAAGCUCGCUGCACAGUUAUAAAGGCUGCAGUUUGAGACUGUGACACAGAUAUUCACCUUUGUCGUGGCAUUAUAGUAUACAUUUAGUGAUGUUCAUUAGAAAGUAUGGAGAGAGUGGGUAGAAGGAUUUUGGUUCUCGGUAAGCAAAGGUACACAGUUCCACACAUCGAUCACACUUGUAGUUGUCAGUUGUAGAAGAAAAAGCCGGUUGGUCAAAUGUGGAAAUGUAAAUGGGAACAUUUUACCAUUACAUAUCUUUUUUACUGUUUAGCACUUAAUGCACAUAACAAUUUUAUUUUUACAUUUAAAAUGUUUUGUUCUUUUUACUUCUUGACAUGUGCUUUGCAUUUCAGUCUCUUCAUAAGCAAACUUGACUUUCACCUUUUUGGGUGCCAUCCGUGAUUAUUGUUCCAAGCAGAGCAGUUUAAAAUAAACCACUGGGUGACCUUUGUAAAGGGCCAUACCAGUGUUUUACUGUAGUCCAUUUACUACAAAUUACUUUGACUGAAUAUUUUCAGCAUGAUGCAGUGCUUGAACUGUGUUUUCCCCUCCAGGCUUCUUAACUCUGUGGUAUGAAAGUCAACUUGCAGAGACUUGAGUUCAGUAAUCCAUCAAAGUGAGCCUCAUGUCCACGGUUAUUUAUGUCUCCUGCCAUUAUAUUUCAUGGCGAUGCACUGCUGACUUUUCAAACCUGCAAAAACAAUGUAACUUUGACAAAAUCUAUGGCUACCUAACUCAUGUUUCAAGUCUCACCAAUUAGAUUUGUAUACUUGAUUUGAACAAGUGUGAUGAGUUAAUAUUCCAUCUAUCUGCUAAGCUCUUCUGUUUCUAUUUUGUUAAUAAAAUAAAAAUAUAAAGGGAGCCUUGUGUUUGUUUAAU